CGAGAAGAAGUUAGCAAUCGCGGAUCGACGAGAAGCAGUUAGCAAUCGCGGGUCGUCUGAAAUGUAUAGACAAUGCGGAGAGUGUCCUAUGGAUUUGAAGGAGUUGACGUAUCCUGGCCAGCCGCGGCUUUCGCACUGUGAUUGCGGUUAUGAGAUUUGUUUGGCAUGUUGGAACAGCCUAGUAGGAGGGUACAAAACAGGUACUGUAGCGCGUUGUCCUAAGUGUGGUCACCGCUAUCAGAAGGACAGAUUUAUUCAGAUGUAUCCGAGGCUACCGGAAGGAGAGCUUGCAUUUAGGGUUGUAUCUGUGAAGGGUAUACCCACCCGUCAUGCUAAAGAAGAUAUGUUGAUGAAACAUGCGUGGUUCGGGCAAUAUGGGAAGGUGACUAAGGUCUCAAUUACACGAAACCGUAAAGGGCGCAUUGCCUUGGAUACGCCUGGAGUAUGCUCUAAAAUAGAAGUAUAUUUUGAGAAGAAACAGAGUGCUUUGCAGUGCAUAAAAGCACUCAAUGGCUUUAUUCUAGAUGAAUCAACGUUGGGGGCAAGCUACGCGAUUGGGUUUGAUGGUCCUCUGCGCACCGGCAACAUGUUUCCUACUCCAUUCUUGGAUGAUGCUAAUCCGAUCAUGAACGAAGGCCUAGGGGGACAGGCAGAGAUAAGUGGCACAUUCUGACUGAAGAAAACAGUAAUGCAUGGUCAUGGAUCAUACUUUUGUAGUGACUUAUGGGCUUCACUUAAGCAAGUCAAACAAGUAUAAAAUGCAUUGGUCUCCAUCCGCAGCAACAACAAAGUCGAUGAACCAUAGCAGUGGCAGAGAGGUUCAGUCCAAAUUUCGCGCAACACAAUUG